CGGCCUGCUUAGUCAUUCCGCUGUCCGCUCCGUGUUUGCCGCUAUGCCGCCAUUGCCGUGUUUGCCGUAUAGAACAACGACUUUUCUAUUCUCUUAUUGCUUGACAUCUGGUCUUGUUUCUGGAUAUCUGAGAGUCUAGUUCUUGCUUAUCAAUAUACAAGCUCAUAUCUCAUACUCUACGAUCUGCCCAUCUGCCAUCUCAUCGACAAUACUCUCAACAAUGGCAUCGUUCCACCAGGUUGAAAGCAACCUGGACGAAAUUGCUGCCCCGUCACCCAUCUACGAUCCAUCCGAGCAACCGGUACGACGAGAAGAAGAGGAGAGAGCAAGACUUCUCCCCCCAACACUAUGCACACUUGGAUACCUCGUGUUCUUCUCAAUAGCCGGAACACUACUUCGCGUGGCUGUUGAGUCCCUCACCUUCUACCCGGGGACACCUCUCAAUACGAGCGUGGUAUGGGCCAACGUCGGGGGAAGCGUAGUAAUGGGCUUCCUAAGCGAAGACAAGAAGCUGUUUAUGGAUAAUACAGGACCAGCCGGGAAGAAGUCCAUCCCGCUGUAUAUCGGACUGACGACCGGGUUCUGCGGCAGCUUCACCUCCUUCUCAACAUUUAUACGGGAUGCCUUCCUUGCGCUAUCGAAUGACCUGUCUGUUCCGGUGGUGCAAGUGCCCUCUGCUCCCAACGGGGGAUUCAGCUUCAUGGCCCUCCUUGCAGUCCUGUUCACGGAAAUAGGCCUCUCGCUGGCUGGGCUGAUGCUAGGCGCUCACCUCGCUUUAGCCGUACAGCGCUGGACACCGCGUCUCCCGAGAUGGAUAUAUACUGUUCUUGAUCCGUUGGUGGUUAUCCUGGCGGUUCUGGCGUGGGUGGCUGUCAUUUGUCUAGCUGUCUUACUCGGAGAGAGUGGUCAAAAUAGUACGUUAUGGAGCUCUACCACAUGGCGUGGACCCGUUCUAUAUGCGCUCGCGCUCUCCCCUCCAGGCUGUUUGGCGCGGUUCUUCCUCUCGAUGGAACUCAACGGAAGACUCGCCUCGUUCCCGCUCGGCACCUUCGCUGCCAACUCUGGCGGCACUGCAAUCCUAGGCAUGGCUUAUGCGCUGCAGCAUUCCACGGCCGGAGGGUCAGGGAUUAUUCCCUGUCAAGUCCUCCAGGGGGUCAUGGACGGAUUCUGCGGAUGUCUGACCACGGUGAGUACCUGGGUGCUAGAACUGUCUGGCUUACGCAGACGGCAUGCGUAUUUCUAUGGCGGGGCCAGUGUGCUUAUCGGAUUGUGUCUUUUGAUUGUCGAGAUCGGAAGUUUGAAGUGGUCGAUUGGACUGGCGACUCCGGCUUGUUUUGACCCGGUAAAGACGGAAUAUUGA